GUCCCAAACAGGUCAUAAAAUGGCGUAAACAAAACCUCAAACUCUGCAGAAUCUUCAGUGAACACUAUUUUUGUAUAAUUGUGACUUAGCUAUUCUAAACAUCAUGCGUAUGUUAUGUGUCAAAAACUUCAUCAAUGGAGAGUUUGUGUCUACAGACAACUUUAUUGACAGUUUUAAUCCGGCGACAGGCGAUGUUUGGGCGCAGAUUCCAGACAGUGGGAGAGAAGAAGUUGGCGCGGCAGUACUGUCAGCUAAACAAGCGUUCACAGGCUGGUCACAUACACCUGUCGGGGAACGCUCCAAGAUUGUGAACAAGAUUGCUGACAUUCUGGAAUCCCGAAUUGACGAGUUUGCGGAGUUGGAGUCACAUGACCAGGGUAAACCAGUCUGGUUGGCUAAAGCUGUGGACAUCCCUCGAGCUGUCCAUAACUUCCGAUUCUUUGCAUCAUGCAUUCUCCAUGAACUGAAUAGAUCCAGUGUAAUGGACGAUGCUGAGGCUGUCAACUACACCGUCAAACAGCCGGUGGGCGUGGCAGGUCUCAUCAGCCCCUGGAACCUCCCACUAUACCUCCUGACAUUCAAAAUUGCUCCAGCAAUCAUAACUGGCAACACCAUCGUUGCCAAGCCAAGCGAGAUGACAUCGGUGACUGCAUUCAAACUGUGUGAAGUAUUCAACGCUGCAGGUCUACCUCCGGGAGUGAUUAAUGUUGUGUUUGGUUUGGGAUCCAAGGCGGGGCAGGCGAUUGUGACACAUCCAGAUGUCCCCAUAGUGUCGUUCACAGGGGGCACAGUCACAGCAGAAACUCUCCGUAAAUCUGCAGCACCAUUCUCCAAAAAACUGUCCCUCGAGCUUGGAGGCAAAAACCCAGCUGUUAUAUUCAGUGAUGCUGACCUGGACAAGUGUGUUCACACCACCAUCAGGUCGAGUUUCCUGAACCAGGGGGAGAUUUGCCUCUGCACCAGUAGGCUGUAUGUCCACCAGGACAUCUACAAGGACUUUGUGGACAGAUUUACCCUAGCAGCCAGUGAGCUGGUUGUUGGUGAUCCCCAAGAUGUCAACACUUUUACCGGUGCCCUCAUCAGCAAGGAGCACCUUGCAAAGGUCAAGGGAUACGUGGAGGUGGCCAGGUCAGAUGGGGCCACUGUCCUGUGUGGGGAUGGUGUGAAGGAACUGGAUCUGCCAGAGAAAUGUAGAAAUGGCUACUUCAUGAGGCCAACGGUCAUCACAAACGUCACUGAUGAUUCCCGCCUGAUGACUGAAGAAAUCUUCGGCCCUGUGGCCUGCAUUGUUCCAUUUGAGACAGAGGAAGAGGUAGUCCGUCGUGCUAACAGUGUCAAGUAUGGUCUGUGUGCUACUCUCUGGACCCAGAAUGUCAGCCGACUACACCGAAUAGCUCAGAGGCUACAGGUUGGUACCGUGUGGGCCAACUGCUGGCUUGUGAGAGACCUCAACAUGCCCUUUGGAGGAACAAAGGAGUCCGGCAUUGGACGAGAGGGAGCCAAAGACUCCAUCGAGUUCUUCACCGAGGAGAAGACAAUAUGUGUCAAGAUGUGAAUGGUACAUGCUGACUGAAAGAUGGGGGAUGGGGGAUGGAAACACGGAUCUAAGAACUGUCUAGACAAUAACAUGGAUAAUUUAGAGGAGUUGACACAGUAAUACCAAAUUGAAAUCCUACCUCAAAGCAGAUAGACACAGACAUACCUCUCAAAAUUAUCAUUAAGUUAUCAUUCGCAUAUUAUUAAUAUCAAAGAUGAAUGUUCGUAGUGUUUGACUAUUAAUAACAUUGGGUUUUCUCGUCUAGAUAGAGCUAUUGAUCAUGUGCAGUGUCUCAGGCCUCAGUUGCAUGUAAACGUAUUGAAGCUAUUGUUGUGUUCACAUUUACAAAUGGCCAUGGUACCAUGUGCCCGGUUUUAUCCCCGGCCACAGUUAACUUGUGAAAUGUUUAUCUGUUGUGUACUUUGCAUAGCAGGAUUUUCAUAUUAUUUUUAACGCAUGCUGUAUAUUCCAGUUCACGAGCAAGAAUUGGGGGCACCGGUGACACAGUGAUUGCUCAGUGAACAGACUCCACUGUUCACGUGUUCGAAUCCAAUAUUUACCCCAUAAUGAUGCUUGGUGUUGAGAUGUACACAUGCUAGUGGUGAAUGUCUAUGACCUGUCUCACUCUUGGGCUAUCAAAUUCAUAUAACAUUAAGCUGACAUUGCUCAAAGCUAGUGACAAACCCUACUCACUCUCUAGUUAGAACCAAAAGACUGCUUUCAGUGCCAGAUCCAGUGCUGGGAUGCUAGGAUGCCUGACUGCUUGAAGCACAGUAACCAUGUUGAUGUGAACAAAAACAUGUAAUUACUCAUUCGGUGACAUGUUUUCAACAAAAGUAACAACUAAUUGAUUCGCUAAGAAACGAAAAAUAUUUCGUGAAUUAUCAUUAUCCAAUCUCUUAGGGUGAUAAUUGAGAUUGGUUAUUAUCUGGCAUUUACAGUUUAUAUUGACAAAUUUUUUAUGCAUCCCCCAUUUUAAAAAAGCUGUAUCCACGCUUGGAAUUAAUUUAGCAUGUCUUUCACAACAAUGAAUAUAUUGUUUGGAUUAGGUACAGCUAAACACUUGUGUCGAUGUUGAAAUAAAUACUCAAGUUAUCCUAGGUUCGACACAACCGAAAAUGAUGAAUAAAGAAGGCAUACCCAGAGACCAAACUUUUACUUCGAGACAAGAGUAAGUUUGAGACAUCAAGGUUGGACACAACAGAGUUUAACUGUAUAUGUAAGCACGAGAUACAGCUACAUCCAUCCUGUGUGGGAAGAAAUCAUGGCAUGGAGUACAACACCAACCAUAUUGUUUCAAGUAUUCUGUUCAAAUUAGAGGCCUUGAAUGUAAGAUUUGUGUGGAGUGGUCAGCACUAUUCAUCAGGGAGCAGAGCUGGGCUACCUGGGUUCAUUAAACAAUAUUCCUUGUUCAUACUUGAGCAGGAUUGUCUAGGGGCCCUUGUCUUAGCCCCAAUGUUCAUAGGUGAAAGAUUUCAGGGUCCCUAGAUUUUAUACAGUGGAGGACCCACUUAUUUUAAACACUCCUGGUGUACACUCUCCGGGGGUGGGGUUACCUAGUGGUUAAUGCACAUAUGGCCUGGGUUCGAUUCCCACAUGGGUACAGUCAGUAUUCUGGGUCUGAGUGGAGUAUUCAUGUUAAACUGCAGCAAGUUAUCUCAGUGGGAUAGCGCUAUAAAUCGACAUUUAAUAGCCAUGUGCAUGCACUUUGCUAUAUAGGUGCAAUAAUCUUGAAUCAAUGUUAAACCCCAUUACACCUCACCACCUACUGGGUAUUGUUGGUGAGAGGAAAUUAAUGUUCUUGGAAUUGAGUAGGGCAGGAUGUUUCUGUUAAUCUUAAACCAGGCCAUUAUAUUUCUUGUUUAACCGUAGAGUCAUAAGAAAACAAGAAACAAAAAUAAAAAAACAAAACUUUAUUUUAGUCAUAGAUUGUUUAUUUCACAGAUAUAUUUGUGGUGAGUUUAGCUCUAUUGUUAAGUCCAAGACCCUGUUAUAGGAAAUAAUUUAAGUUCCCUUGAGUUCAACAGAUGGUUUGAAACUGAUGCUUUUAUGCUAAAAAAUAAGGACUUACAUUUUCUGGGUGGUGGGGGCUGCCAGGGGUGUUUCUACAAUUUGCUAAAAUCAUUCUUCACCAGAAAAAAGGAGCUGUAUCUUAUGGAUAUUUUUUAUUUGGCCACUUUCAGCCUGUGCUUACUCUGUUUUCCUUAUCUUGAUAUCACAAUAUUGAUGGCAAUAAUUCAUCAAUUAUAUCUACAUGCUGAUACUGGUGUAAAUAUUUUUAAAUAUCAAUUUAUAUUUUGUGUCAGUUUAUUGAAGUUAUUGUUUUGUUUAUGCCAUUAAAGCUUCAUGGAAUUCCA